AUGGCUCUUGGUUUGAAAGACUUUGUCGAAUAUGUCGACUAUGAUAAGCAGAGCUUGUACAUCUCUGCUGCCUCCAUCGCCUUCAACCCUCUCUUCUGGAACAUCGUCGCCCGUCAAGAAUACCACAACAAACUUCUGACCAAGAUUUUCGGCGGUAACUCCCAACUUGCCUGUUAUGCCCUUGCUGCCACUAUCUUCUCUCUUGGUAUGAUUCGCGACUUUAUUUUCAAGACUGCCAUCGCCGAGCAACCCACGCAUCCCGCUCUUGUCAACGACUUCAUCCAGGCCGCUGCUGUUGCUCUGUUUAUUGUUGGUAACGUCCUGGUCGUCUCUUCAACAUGGCGACUAGGCAUUACUGGCACUUUCCUCGGUGACUACUUUGGCAUUCUCAUGGACGAGAUGGUGACUGGCUUUCCCUUCAACGUGACCGGCUCUCCCAUGUACACUGGCUCUACCUGCAGCUUCCUCGCUACCGCCAUGUGGUAUGGCAAGCCUGCCGGUAUCCUGCUCACAUUGUGGGUCGAUGUUGUCUACAGGAUCGCUCUGAAAUUUGAGGACCCGUUCACUUCUGAAAUCUACGCCAAGCGUGAGCGUGAGCGUGCUGCUGGAAAGAAGUCCAACUAA